AUGCAAUAAUCACCAAAUACUAGAUAGAUAUUAGAUUUGGAUUUUUAAAAAGAACUUUAUCAAGAAGAUCUAAAGAAACUUGUGUCCAAUAUACAAGAUAAACAAAAAUCAUAUAAUGACACAAGAUCAUAAUAAAAUGAACUGGUCCAAAAAAUCAUAAGAAUAUGCUAUUAAAAAUACGAGGAUGAUAUCAUUAAGAAGAGAAUUGAGUUGUAAGAGCUAAAGCAAAAGUCUGAGGAACAAAAGGCCAAACAAGAUGAAGAAUAUAGCAACUUAGAGAUGGAACUGAAAAACAAAAUAGUAAAUGUAUUCAUACGUUUUCAAAAAUAUUACGAAAAAAUAUCAUAAGAAAAAAGCAGAUUGGAAGAAUUCAUUGUCGGAGAUGCAAUUGACGCUGAUUACACACUAAUUUUGCAAAGUGUUCAUUAAUCAUUAUCCGAUUUUGAAUUGGCCAAAGAUAAUGAAUGCAUAAAUUAAUAAACCUUUCUAUCUUUGAAAUCUCCUAAUAUCCAUACUAAACAGCACUAAAAAAUGUCUCACCUCAAUUCCUAUGUUAAUACGCUCAUUUUCAAAAUAGAAAACGCAGAUCAAUAAAUCUUAAAUAGUCAAUCUGAAAAUUCAUAAAUCUAAUUAAUUUUAUCAUAAAAACUCACAUCCCUCAAAUAACAAAUCAGAUAACUCUAACAAUUUAAUCACGAUUCUAUACAAGAAGUAUUUGAUCUCCAAUAAGACUUCCUUACUAAUCAAAAAAACCUUAAAAAUUUGAGAUUAAACAUCUAAAACACUGUCACUAAGGAAGAAGAAAGGAAAUGCGCAGAAAUUAGCUCCUUAGAAUAAUAAAAAAGCGACAUGGACAAAAGUUAUAAAUCUUAUACUUAAAUUAUGUUAUAAGGCAAUACUUAAAGGAAAGAUUAUGAAGAAAACAUUUUCAGAUUAAUCUCAUUAUCAAAUUCAUUAAUCCAAUCGUUAAAUAAUAGUAUUGAAUAAUUUAGGUAAUAAUUGGAAGCACUCUCCUUAACACCGGAUACCAAAACCUCUUCUAAUACUUCUAUCAAAAAGAUUAAUAUUUUGAAUCCCUACAAAAAGAUUUUAAAUGAGAAAAUACAAACUGAACCUUCUACAUAUAACAUUUAGAAAUCUAUAUACUUCAAAAGAAAGCCUUAAGUUGAAAAACUUGGAUCAAUCAAAACAGAUGAGAACAACAUUUCAACUAUUUUUAAAUAAACAUCUCAAUCACCCAAUUUUAGAAAUUAAAUUUUACCAGAAAAAUAAACGGCAUUGCCUUUAAAAUGCUCUUGUCCUCCUGAGUGUCAAUGUUAAUAAUAUAUCUAAGAAUAAAUACAUACUUGUAAUAAUUAAUUGUAUAUCAACUAAAAAGGAAUCAUCUUGUGUUAGGUUUGUCAAAUUUCCUUUUAGAUCAAUGAACACCAUUUUUAUUGCUAAUUCAAUAAGACCAAAAAUAAGUUCAAAUAAUUUCAAGAUUUUAUCCAUUCUUUUUGGAAAUAUAUAAUAAGUUUGACAUUGAAUUAAUCUAUUGUCGAUUUUUGGAUUGGUCUAAUUAUUAAUUGCAAACAACAGUGGUAAAAUGGUUCACCCAGGUUGCCCACCUUAAAACAAGACGAAAUUAUUGUUAACUUUCAAUCCAAUUGUCCGAAUCAAAGUUAUUGCAAUCACAAAAAUAUUAUGCCUCAAAUACAUUCUACUUGUAACACUCCACUAUAAUUAUCCAAUUAUGGAGAUGUGAUUUGUAAAAGAUGUCAGUACUAGAUGUUUAUUUAAUAUCAUUUAAUCCAAUGUCCUGAAAACAAAUAGUUUUAUGCAUUUUAAAGUGUGGAAGAAAUCAUUUUAUCAAUUGAUCCCUAUAUCAAGUAAUUGAUAAGAUAAGAAAAAAAUGAUUGUAAUUAAUUUUUAUAAUCAUUGAUUAUUAAUUUGAAUAAAAAAUGGAAAUGA